AUGUGCACUGAGCCGUGUCACAGGAUAUCCUAUAUUUCUCAGAUUGUAGCACCUCGCGUAUUGCACUCCUCAAUGUCACGUUAUCCUCAGAGUCACCCCCAGAGACCAUCGCGUCUGAGUCCGGCUCCCCAGAUAGCACCCCGCCGUCCUCCGCCCCACUCACUCCCGACGAAAGCCGGCCAAAGGACUCUCAUCGGGCCACCGACGGUGCCCUUCCAGUCGGGUCGGACAUCCCUCUCCUCGUGCAGCAUAACUUCCUCAUUGUACAAGACGGCGGGGCAUGUCCGCUAG